CGUGUUGUUAAAUUCUAGCAAAUGAUUUCGCAAGGUAAAAACUUGCACGUGCCCACCACGUGUGCCCGUGUUAUAACUGACCCACCAGGGUUUGCAACUUUCAGUUACUCUGCGCUCUUGGGCAAAAGCACUUUGAAAAAUUGAAGCCAGGAAUCUCGACUGUUUUCUCUACACACGAUGAACUUAUUGCCCCCUAAAGACUCUCUUUCUCUUUGUUGGACGACAGUAAUCGUCAUUGCAAUUUUUAAAAUCCACGGAGGUGCUUGUCAGUAUUCACUCUGCUGCGGAAAAGGAGAGAAAGGGGACAGAGGCUUGCAAGGACGACCAGGAAUUCAAGGACCCAAAGGCAACCAAGGAAGUCCAGGAAUCGGAUACAGAGGAAUACAAGGACCAAGAGGUCCACCUGGAAACAAGGGAGGGCGUGGUUAUCCAGGGUCUACGGGCAGCAGAGGUCCUCCAGGAGAAAGAGGAUUGCAAGGUCCACCUGGUCCCACGGGUUCUAUCUGUAAAAUGGGCAAAAGACGAUCCACCGGACAAAAUCAAAAGACUUGGUGGUGUUACGAAAAUAGGCAGGAUGAAUGCUGGCCACAUGUAAUGCGUAUCACAUUUCCCACACCAUUUGCUACCACGCCUUCUGUUCACAUUUCCAUGGCUAACUUGGCCUUCAAAGCUCCUGGUGGUACCAAAAUCCAUAUGUACACUAGAGUCGAACAUCCCAGCCGGUAUGGCUUCUAUAUCAGGGUGCAGAGAAGUACUGACAUAAAAUUGUACAGUGUUGAGCUUAGAUGGAUUGCUUGCACCUAGACAUACGUGUCACUGUGUGACGACGUAAACGUUGUGAUUGGGGUUAGUUUGACUUGAUUCGGGAAUCAUGGUUAGUAUGAGCCAGUGUUUUAGAUUGCGUGUUGUGUUAGUUGCUCCGUAGCUUUGUCUCUGGUGUAGGGUGAGUUAUAAAACACGAAAUCUGUUGUGUCGACACGAGUACGUGUGUGAGUGACUCA